AUGACAGUUGGUGACGCCAAGGAUCUAGAGGCCCUGGUGGAUGAGGGGACAUACCCGUGUCUACUUCUUGGAGCGAGUACCGUUACCCUCGUGUUUCUCGUGCAGAUGACCUUCACCUUCCGCCCAAACAUCUCUAACAUGGCCACCGGCCAGUGGUCUCUGUCUCCACGGCACUAUCUGUGCGCGGACACCCGUGGUCGCCUAGGCAAUCAGAUGUUCCAGUACGCCUCCGUAUUCGGUGUCAGUAGACGCACUAACAUGUCCAUGCGAAUUAAACGCUCCGAUCUCGUGGCCAAGUACUUUCACGUGUCUGCUGCGGAUGUCUUUGAUUUUGAUGACUCUUGCAAACAAGCUGGACUUAGGAUCGAGUCAAAGUGUUGUUCAUUUGAUCCAAAAAUGCUACGUUUUAAAACAAACAAAAAUUGGAAGUUAUCUAGCUAUUUACAGUCAUGGAAAUACUUUGAACAUGUUGAAGAGGAGCUGAAAAUGGAGUUUAGAUUUAAAAAAACAAUCGCUGUUUUUGCGGAGCGUGUUUUUGAGGAAGCAGUGAAGGGGACGAAGUAUUACGGCAAAGGCGGAGCAUUUGUCGGCAUCCAUAUUCGCCGAGGAGAUAUGGCAACGUUUGCUGUAAAUGUGAACGGGACAAAAGUGCUCAUGUACAAUGUAGCUCCGAUGCAUUAUAUUCUUAAUGCCAUGCGUUACUUUGUCAGCCAUUUUCACAAAGUGGCAUUUGUCAUAUGUUCGGAUGAGAUGAGUUGGGUGAAAAAUAAUUUCACCAGGUACAAGUAUUUAUUAAACCUAGUUUUUAUCCAUAACAGAAAAAGCAUCGUUGACUUGGCAAUUUUGUCUAAGGCAAACCACACCAUAGUGACAUCUGGCACAUUUGGCUGGUGGGCUGCAUGGCUAGCAGGGGGGACAACUGUGUAUUACAAACAUUUCGUACCCGAGUCAAGUCCCCUUAGAUCUCAGUUUAGCAGUGACUUCUCGGACUAUUAUCCGCCCGGCUGGAUUGGUAUGGAGUAG